GCUCCCAGACGGCCGGCCGGUCGCGCACGCGCGAGAGUGAAAGCAACCGCAGGCGCCGUCGCCGGUUGACGUCUGUCUGUCCGUCCGUCCGUCCACGGCUGGAGCAGGAGCGGGAGGGGCGGUAGUCAAAUAAUUGCAUUAGCAACUGAAAUGGGAAAGAAGAAGGAAAGACGGCAUUCUGCUCAGGAUGAUGAGGCAUCUGACAAUCAAGUGCCUCAAUGUACACAUUUUCAUAAGGAUUUGAACCUUGGCAAAAUUAAGAAGCGUUUGGCGCAACCUUGGUGCAAUGCUUGUGACGACUGCAAAGACGAUGUCAAAACGGAGGGAAAAUGUGAGAAAACCGAUGAAGCUCCAUCUGUCUGGCUGUGCUUAAAAUGUGGGCAUAAGGGUUGUGGGAGGGAUUCGGAAGGACAACAUGCUCUUCAACAUUAUAAAGAGCCACAUUCGGAUGCACAUUCUUUGGCUCUUUGUUUGGACAACUGGAGUGUAUGGUGCUACUUGUGUGAUAAUGAUGCUUAUUAUGAAGACAAAGAUCACUUAGGACAACUUGUAAAAUUAGUCCAAAAAAAGAUUGCUGAUAAAUCGUCUAAAGAAGUUACAGCUGUACUUCCACCAUCACAUGAAAAAGAUCAGGAUAAGGGAAAGGAAGACAAUGCAACAGAAAUUGAGAGAGAGAAGAUUUCUCGACAGAGCAACCAACAACCGUCAGUAAAAGGACUCAGCAAUCUUGGGAAUACAUGUUUUUUCAAUGCAGUCCUACAGAUCUUGUCACAGACAUAUGUGCUAAAAGAGACGAUUCAGGGAAUAAAAACGAAUGGAAAUACUGUGACAAUUAUGACUCCUGAUUCUUCAAACUUGCGACAUCUCGAAAUUCAUGCUGAUCAACUCGGCCCACUCUCGUCAGCAAUGCAUCAAUUUCUUCUUGAAAUUCAAGAUACCAAAAAGAGUGUUGUCACUCCAAAAGAUCUCUUCACUCAAGUCUGUAAAAAGGCUAUGCGAUUUAGAGGGUACCAACAGCAGGAUAGCCAGGAGUUGCUUCAUUAUUUAUUGGAUGGAAUGCGAACCGAGGAGAUCAAACGAAUAGGUGCUGGCAUUGUAAAAGCCUUAAAUUAUUCUUCAGAGAAGGGGGAAGAUGAAGAACGCAAGAGAAUCAUGAAAGUUUACGAAAAGGAAGCGUCCGUGUUCAAUUUUGUUGACCAGGUCUUUGGUGGCAUAUUGACGAAUACAAUCAUGUGCGAGCAGUGUAAAAUGGUUACAUUAGUGGAGGAAUAUUUUUUAGACUUGUCACUUCCUGUUCAGGAUGACCAGGGUGACAAGAAAAAAUCCCAGGGAAAAGGGAGAAGAAACGUGGUUGAAGAUAAUCAAAAUGAAAAUCUUAGUCAGUGCAAUGGAAAGUUUGUCUCUAAGGACAGAGGAGAUAUUUCAACUAGCCCAAGCAAAUAUGAACAAAAGAAGGCAAAAAAACAAGCUAAAAAGCAAGCCAAGCACCAACACCGGCAGCAGAAGUCCCAAACAAGAUCGCUUGUUUUGGAGGACUCCACUACUUUGGAUGAAGAACAGAAAGAAAAACAUGAUGCCUCUGAUGAAAGCAAGGAAGACUUGGCAUCAAAUGGCAUUGAAGCAGAGGUCUCUCCAGCACCAGAGCUGGAUAAUAGUGACAGCUCUUUAACUGACCAGUGUCUCGGGAAAACUACAAAGGAAAAUAUGGCAGAUGAUGGUCAAGAAUUGAGCCAAGAAAACGUUGAUGCUGGCAAUGAAGACACAUCUGAUGAAACUGGGCCCAAAAAGAUACACUCUAAUGAUUCCCACAACUCCAAUGACUUGGACUCUUCAGAUACAUUUGAGUCACAUAGAGUGACUGAGGACCUAGUUAGUGCAUCCAGUGAAGAUGAAGAAACUAUUAUUAAAAAUAUGAAUAAACUAAAUAUGAAUGAGAGCUCAAUGAAACAUGAUGAUGAAAUAACUUCAAAUCGAUUGGAAUUCGAGAACUCUUCCGAAACCACAAACGAUCUAUUCGCUUCCAUUAAAGACAAACGGGAGUUUUUUUUGGAUGCAGAGAAAGCAUUUUGCAAACUUUCAGACAGAAAGCUGCUGAGUGUACAGGAAUGUUCUCUGGAGGCUUGUUUACGGCAGUUCACUCAGAUAGAAAAUCUCACUGGAGCAAAUAAACUGCUCUGUGAAGAAUGUACCCGGAGGCAGUAUAAAAGUGGAUCAAAAAUCAAUGCAAAUGAUAUCAAGCAUGUGUACACUGAUGCCAAGAAACAAAUUCUUGUUUCGUCGUCACCUCCGAUUCUGACACUUAAUUUGAAAAGGUUUGAGCAGUUGGGAUUUGCUUUUCGCAAAAUAAACAAGCAUAUCAAUUUCCCACAAGUUCUUGAUCUUGCUCCAUUCUGUACAACGGCCUGUAAUAAUAUUAAAGACUGUACAAAUAUAUUGUACAGUCUAUAUGGAGUUGUGGAACAGAGCGGUACAAUGAGAUCUGGACAUUAUACAGCAUAUGUCAAGGCACGAACUCCCAACACCCACCUUUCAGAAUAUGUGCUGACUAGAGGGAAGGUGUCAAGGAUCGAUGCAGAGGCACCCAGGGGAAGAUGGUUCCAUGUAAGCGAUAGCCAUGUGCAGGAAGCGUCAGAGACAAGAGUAUUAAAUGCACAGGCCUACCUGCUGUUUUAUGAGAGGAUCUAACUUAAAAAGGAUGUAACAUUGAAAACUGGCGCACAGCAACCAUUAGUUUCUGGAAAUAUCAGGAUCUAUGCAACAUUUAUUAAAUGGAAAAUGGAUUGUGACAUGCCGAUGUGAGAACCCCCCCUAAAGUGAUUAAUGUAAUUUCUAAAAUGAAUCUUUAUCACUAAACAAAAUGGCCUGUAUUUUUCCUAGAUUAUAUCAAACAUUACCUUUUCAGGUUAUACUGAUGAUGCUUUGGGGCAUAAAAUUGAUUACUUUUGAUAGCAAUAAGUUCAGCUGAACUCAGUCUACGAGGAGUACUCAAAUCAUUUUAACAUGAAACAAGAUGAUCAAUUCUAAUGGAGAUGGUUUAACUAUUCUCCUCCUUUAAAUGUAAGAUGAUGCAAUUUUAAAAAUGAAAGAUGGUUAUAUCUGUUGAUCAGAUAACUUUUCCCCACUCACCAGCUGAGUCAAAAUUUGGGAUGCUUGUAUUAUGCAAAUUGCUUCAUAUGUAUUUAUACAAUUAUAAGUUUUGUUUCAGGCAAUUGCAACUGGAAUAAAAUUAGUAUUUUGUCCUAGAAAGAUUCCUGCAUUGUCUGUUUGCUUUUUGCCAAAACUGGAUAAUCAAGCCUCCCCACUGUCUGAAUUUAACACAACCACCCCAAUGCCAGUCUUCAUCUUGUACUACAAAAUAAAUUAACCUCAGUCCCUAAACAACUCAUUUUCAAAAGCAUAGGUUUCAAAAAAUAGUCAAAAACCAUUCUUGUUUCCUGGUUGAUUUACUCCAUUGUUCUAACAAAACGUAAUUUGGCAGCCCAGUGGAUGCCCGGGUAGGAUUAGGGCCAAAGGUACUUUAAGAAUUAAAGCAGAAUGCUGCUACGCAUUUUAUUCCAGAGGAAGUCUUUAAUUAUUGUUAAAUACCUACAAGUAC